CCUGGCAGGGAAGGAUGAGGGGGGAGAAUGCCACCAGGGUCAGCACGUUCAUCCUGCUGGGCUUCCCCACCUCCCCCAGGCUGCAGUACGUGCUCUUCCUCCUCUUCCUGCUUGCCUACCUCUUCGUCCUGGUGGAGAACCUGGCCAUCAUCCUCACCGUCUGGAGCAGUAGCGCCCUCCACAGGCCCAUGUACUACUUCCUCAGCAUCAUGUCGACCCUGGAGAUCUGGUACGUGUGUGACAUCAUCCCCAAGAUGUUGGAUGGCUUCCUGCUCCAGCACAAACACAUCUCCUUUGUGGGGUGCAUGACUCAGCUCUACUUCUUCAGCUCCUUGGUGUGCACGGAGUGUGUGCUCCUGGCCUCCAUGGCCUAUGACCGCUAUGUGGCCAUCUGCCACCCACUGCGCUACCAGGUCAUCAUGACCACGGGGCUGUGCGUCCAGUUGGUGGCAUUCUGUUUUGCAACUGGCUUCACCAUCUCUGCCAUCAAGGUCUACUUCAUCUCUAGUGCCAUGUUCUGUGGCUCCAACGUCCUGAACCACUUCUUCUGUGACAUCUCACCCAUCCUCAAGCUGGCCUGCACUGACUUCUCCACUGCAGAGCUGGUGGACUUUGUUCUGGCCUUCCUCAUCCUGGUGUUCCCACUCCUGGCCACCAUUCUCUCCUAUGGACACAUCACCUUGGCCGUCCUACGCAUCCCCUCAACUACUGGCCGUUGGAGGGCCUUUUCCACCUGUGCCUCCCACCUCACUGUGGUCACCAUCUUCUACAUGGCCUUGUUCUUCAUGUACGUCCGGCCCCAGGCCAUUGACUCACGGAGCUCCAACAAGCUCAUCUCUGUUCUGUACACAGUACUCACACCCAUCUUGAACCCCUUGAUCUACUGUCUGAGGAACAAGGAAUUCAAGGACGCCUUGAGGAAGGCUCUGGGCCUGGGUCCAGCUGCAGCUAGCUAGGCAUGCCUCUGCUUCCGGAAGGAUGUCUGCUGAGACCCAGGGGACACCUCACAACGUGCUGUGUUGGAAUUCUUUAGUUAUUUCAAUAUGACUUGUA